AUGCUCUUCGUCCCAGCCCAGCUGCCGCACCCCUCCGCCGUCCCCGCCCGCGCCCUCGUCGGCUUUGACUUCUGCCGCUCCUCCCUCCUGCCAUCCUCUGCCGACCGGACCUUGCCGCGUGCGACCCCGUGCAACGCUGCUACGUCCUGGCUGCUGCCCACAGUCCCCGGCAAUUUGAAAGCGCUGAUCACUAGGCCGGAUCUCCUCAGUCUGGAAACGUUCCUUGCUCGCGACGAGGAUGACAAGGACCCUUUAUCAUUCAGGGUGCUAUGCCUCGUGGAAUGCAGAAUGAAUCUUCUGCUUCUCUUCUUCACCUCUUUGCAUGGACUAUGGCAUGUUCUCACUUACAAUCAAUGGAGUGCUAAUUCUACAUUGAGAUGCUUCAUUUCAAAACUACGAGUUUGGGCUAUCAAGCGUUAUUUCAUCCACGGGCAUUUCUAUUGGCAUUUGCAUUUCCAGAGCGAGUUGCUUGUGCUUGACGUGUGCACAAUGGAGUUCUCUGCUGUCGACCUGCCACCUGAACAACUUGGGAAUAGCAGUUUUCUCAUUGUGGAGACGCUGGAAGGAACGCUCGGGAUGCUCACUCGAGGCUUUGAUGAGGAUAGUGAUGAUGACCGAUAUUGGCUCACAUAUUCCAUUAUGAGAAAUAACCAAUGGCACUUUGAGAAGAUCAUCUGGUUGCCGGUAAAGCGUGCGAUUCUGGUUGGUGUCACUGGGGUAUACCUGAUCAUAGAAGCGGUGUACACCACAUCUUCACACGAUGAGCGGAAGUCUGGAUACUUUUCAGUGGACUUGAAGAUAUUGCAGGUGGAGUUGUUUGCUGCACCUAGCAAACCCAUCUAUCCUUGUUGA